GCUAUAUGAGUCUGUUGUGCCCCGAGUGAUUCUCUGACCCGCAGAAAAACGUCCCGUACUGUCCUAAUCAUGAUUUAUGAAUAAGACCUUGAAUUAUCCCGUCGUACAGCUGUCUGUGUCUCACCUAAUCCAAUCAGAGCUCUCUGUAUUUCUUUCCCAUCAAGCUUGACUCCUCGAGUCAAGCUGACUCUGAUACUGAACCGGAUAUGCAACCGGUACCGGUUUCUGUUUCUCCAUCUGCGCCGUCGCCAUCUGGUAUUGAUUCAUCGGCCAUUGAUUGUGAGAGUGCUGGGCAGCCUGCCAAUGUUGGUUGUGAGGCUGGGGAGGAGUCUGCCAUUGCUCAGAAGGCGCAAACGAGUAGCUAAGUUCGUCAAUUGCUUUCUAAGUCAUGCAUCCGCUGCAGGUCCUCACCCCGAAGGAUCACCGAUCGUCACUCCCCGAAGGAUUGAAUCCUCCGUGGGCCCUGUUUCACCUCCAGCUUCGGCAUACGACACCGGCUCCCCCUAUGCCAAACUGGCAGAACACUUAUGGCUUCAUAGUCAUCUAUCCCGAGAGUCCCUACGAAUUCAAAUGCAGGGACGUGAGCCAGAAGCGACUCUGACUCACAAUGGUGGCGGAAACAGCAACUCCAUCGCCAACAUGGCCGCCUGGACUAAGAAGCAGUACAAGGUCGACUGCAUCAAGGUGUUUGUGACCGGUAGCAGCUCCAGGCGCCAUGAUGACGCCACAUAUCCCGAGCUAUUCGCCGCAGGUAUCGCCUACUCCGGUGUACCCACCGGCUGCUUCAUGUCCGCCACCGACCAGGUCCAGGCAUGGAACAGCACCUGCUCGCAGGGCAAGUCCAUCGCCACGCCUGAGGCCAUGUACCCGGGAUAUAACGGCCCACGACCUAAGAUGCAAAUCUACCACGGGAGUGCCGAUACGGCUCUGCUCCCGCCUAGCUACAACGAGACCUGCAAGCAGUGGGCGGGCGUCUUCGGGUAUAAGUACGACGCUCCAAAGAGUGUCGUACAGAAUACUCCCGAGGCCAAGUAUGAGACCACCACUUGGGGUGACAAGUUGCAGGGUAUCUAUGCCACUGGCGUCGGCCGCACGGUGCCCAUUCACGGGGAGCGAGAUAUGAUGUCGUUUGGUUUUGCCCGUUGAUGGCAAUCCUAGUUUCAUCAGGCGGUUAUACGGAACGAAACGGGUUAUAGAAUUAUGUCAGGAAUAGAAGAGGAAUAGAGCGGAUCAAGCAUGCUAAAUAA